AUGUCUAAUCACGGAAACACUACAGGAGUCAAUGAAGGACCCUCAUCCUUCGAGUCAGCCAGCACUGGAAGUUCUGUUGCCCACUCAACAUCUGAGACCCAUUCAAAGAACAACGCCAGCUCUUAUGAGACAUUCGCCGAUCUCCUGUUCAUCGUCAAAUUGAUCUCGCUGACCGUUCUGGAUUUACCGUUUUAUUAUCUUGACCAAGUAGAAUUUGCUUACAAUUCCGCACCACAGUCUACUAUUAAGACAUCUCCAUUUGUCGCUGAUCUUGGCUUUCUACCUCGCCAACCUGCAAUGAUCCGUCCACCAUCGGAUGCUCGUACACCCUCAAAUGUGGAAAGUCUACAAGUCAAACUGAAAGCUAUUCUGUUACGUACUCAAGAGUACAUGAGUUUCUCACAGUUGAGUCAACAACGACAAGCUGACAAGCAUCGUCGUCCUGUGGAAAUUAAAGUUGGUGAUUCUGUUCUUAUCCACCACACUAGUUUUCAGAGCCCUAGCAAUAGGAUGUUGCCACUUUUCGUCGGUCCAUACACCGCCAACAACCGUGUUUUUAAUGUUUCGAAAUUACGCAAAUAUGUCAAAUCUGAUGAAUACCCUGCUGAGAUUAGACCUACUGAGGAUUAUGUUAAGAAGAACUUGAACCGCAUUGCUAGCGUAGCCGCUAUGCAAAAUGGUCUUGUCUAUCUACAGUUCACAGAUAGCCUACCUGGACAUUGCGUCGCCAUUUCAACAAGUUUUUGGAAUACUAUGCCUGCCGAAAAAAGGAUACCAUUAUUCAAAGCUUACAUGGUUAGAAUCAAAGCUCGGGACGAGCCUUUAUGA